AUGGCUUCACACCUCAAAGACUCCUUUAAGCCCCUGACACCAGAAAAUGAUGGUGUAGUAGGAAACAUGGAGUUCAUUCCAAGCCAGGUUUCUCCUGUGCAGUGGAAUGAAGACAUCUCUAACUCUACUAGCGUUUUCCUCAACUUUUCCCCAAAUGACAAUGGCUCCUGUGCAAAGCAGGAGUUGAAAACACUCUGGGAGAUGUUUGCCUCAUGGUUGAAGCCAGAAGAGCAGAUCAAGGAGCAGAUGCUUGCUCAGCUUGUCUUGGAGCAGUUUCUCAAAAUCGGGCGCUCCAAGGACAAGUUUUCUGUAAAGGAGUUGUGGGAAUCAAGUGGAAGAAACCUGGGGAAACUCAUGGGGGAACUGACUGAUGAGUGCUUGAAGCCUCCUGUCACGGUUCAUGUCUCCAUGCAUGGGCAGGAGGCAGUCUUUUCUGAGAACAUGACAUGAAAAGAAGUCAUCGAGCGUUUUAAAGAACAACAAUUAGCAACAGUGUCAACUCUAGAGAAUGAAAGGACACCCUUGCCCAUAUCCCAGGACAGAUUAUUGGCAACAGAUAAGUUUCAUGAUCGCAACGAGGGAGCUGUUUCUGAUGAAAUCCCUCUGGAUCUCAGGACACUGCUAAGUACCAGGAAAAAUCUCAGAGACACUGCUAGGUACCAGGAAGAAUCUCAGAGUACAGCUUCUUCUGGAGAUGUCCCCAUGGUGGAGAUACAACCAGGAAUUUCCUCCAGACCAAAGCAGACUGAAGACUUCCAGAAUCAUGCAGCAAACUGCACGUGUGAGGGUCACCACAAGAGACUCCACAGAGACACAAACUCUAAUCUUUCUGUUCACAAGAAAGUACAAAAGAAGGAGAGGUCAUUUGUAUGUACAACAUGUCAUAAAGGCUUCUAUACUAUCUCAGACUUGAGAGUCCAUGAGAUCAUACACAAGAAAGAGAAGCCUUUCAAAUGCCCUAAUUGUGUAAUGGCAUUCAGCCAUAAAACCAACCUGAAAGCUCACAAGAGGAUACAUACAGGUGAGAAGCCCUACACUUGCUCCAAGUGUCAGUGUAAUUUUCGCCAAUCGUCCACAUACCACCGUCAUCAGAGGAACUGCCACAAAUCAGACUGA